GAAAGCAUGUUUUUAUCCAUUUUAUCUCCCUUCUUAUACCCCUCAUUUUUAGUAGUUUUAUGCUUUUAACUUUAGAUGAAUGUCAGGGAACCUUGAACAAAGGCUUUUGGAGGCGAUCGAGGAUAAAGAUUAUAGAAAAGCAAGGUCCUUGCUUAGGACUGGAGCUCAAAUAGAUAAACUAUUAGAAGAUGGCAUAGCUGUUAUUCACUUCUUAAGCGGGAUUUCUGGAGACGAAGCAAAUCAGCUGCUGAUAGACUGUUUAGAAAAUGGGGCCUCCCCUAACGUAUUAUCUUGUGAUGGCAUCACACCUGUCCAUGUUGCAGCAAUUUGGGGUAUUGUUGAUAAUUUGAGUACCUUGGUUGAAUAUGGUGGUAACGUUGAAGUUAGAGAUGCCGAUGGGAAGAGUCCUUUGGACUAUGCGAAUGAAUGUACUGAAUGUCAAGCAAAACAUUGUGUAAAGCUGUUAACUGAUCUUGCACGUGAUAAAAAGUGUGCUUAUACUAAAAUUAAAUCUAAACCAGAUUCAAUCAGGUGCACUCUAAAUAAUAGACAAGAUUUAAAAGAAUCUGAAAACCAGAACAAAGCCAGAUUUGUCUUAAAUCCAAGUGGAUAUUAUUAUAUGAAUGAAAGAGAUCUGUUGAGUGAAGAAGAAACAAGCGCAGUGUCUUUAGAUCAGACUGACAAGAGUAAUGACUCCUUGUUUUUUGAUGACUUUACACAUGAUGUUAUGAAAAAUCCCAGACAAGCUGCAAGGGGCUCAAAAGAUAUUCCUUCACUAACAAAUCCAUACAGAAGACAUUACGUUGAUGUAAGAGAUCUUAUGACUGAGGAUGAAUCAAGUUUUGACAGCUUGAUGUCAGCCAGAAGUUCAAGUAGUUUUCAUACUGCUAACGAAAGUGACAUUAGCAUGGCAUUUGCGACUGCAUUAGACGAUACAGUUAUCACUUUUCCAAAACUUCAUCCAUGGACUGCGGCACAAAAUCAAAUGGCCCUUGAUGACACCAUCAUUGAUGGCAUCAAUAGCUUGGACAUCAAAAGUACCAGKGAAAAUCUUGACAGCACCUCAAGUAACAUCAUCAUUAACAAUAGCAUGAAUAGCACAUUAUCAGAUGGCACAGUUCUGUAUGACUGGAAAGAGUACAGUAUUCUAGAGAUACCACCAUCCUCUGAUGAAUCAGAUGUAUCUUUUAUCAUUCCUGAGUCAUUGCUUAAAAUGGAAUGUCAUCAGCUGAAGGAAGAGUUGUUGAAACUUGGUGACAAUCCAGGUCCUAUCAGAACUGACACUAGGAUGUUGUAUGUAAGAAGACUAGCAAGAAUUCAGAGUGGUUUGACAGAUGGAAAGCAGCCCUCUGACAGGUUGAAGGAAUAUCUCCCUGAAGUAAGGGCAGUUAUCGAGGGUAGGUUACUCUCCCUUGAAAUGGAUCGAGUUGAAGACUCAAUGUGUGUUGACUUCACUAAGAAUGAUUUGAGAAGCAAGUGGAGAGAAGGAACCGAGAAAUCCUCGUUCAACUAUCUGCUGCUCGAUCCUCGUGUUACUCAGAACCUCCCUGUCAGAAGCAAAAAGAUGGCAUACGAGGACAUCUUUCAUACGUUUGUGGCAGCGAUUUUUUAUGUUGGGAAAGGAAAACGCUCCAGGCCUUACGCACACUUGCACGAAGCUGUCAACUUGAACAAGGCAAAUCGUAAGCUGCAGCAGAUCCGUGACAUUUGGUCAGCAGGGCUCGGUGUCGUGUCUCUUCAUUGUUUUCAAGGUGUAAUCCCGGUGGAGGCUUAUACAAGAGAGGCCUGUCUCGUGGAGGCUUUGGGUCUUGCCCGUCUAACAAAUCAAAAGAGAUGUGAUUACUAUGGGCGAGCAAAGGCGUGGAGCCUCCAAAAGAAACGUCAAAUGGGUGUCUCCCUACUUAAAAGAGCACUCCAGAUAUUCUUGAACGAGGGGGAGAGACAAAUGCGGCGUGAGGAUCUACGAAGGUCUUAGCAGAGCAGAUCCUGCUAGUGUAUGUAUGGCGUAGUUACGGUACGGUUAUCAAAAACACUUAGCUUGGACCAAUUUAGAUAACGCGUAUAUGACACAUCUUGGCAACUGUAAGUGUAUCACAUGCAUCCAUACAAUUCUGCUCCAUGUCUGCCUUCUUACUUCCUCUUCUUGUAUUCAGUAUGUAGUCGGAACCAUGCUUUGGUUUUUACUUUUACAGCCUUAAAGUAAAUUUCGUUAAAGGAAUAGAAUAAAAUAUGUUAAAGUAAAUUUAGGAUUUUAAUUUUUAUUAAGUUUCUUAA